GUCUAUUCAUGCUGCAAUUGAUUUGUCGACAAGCUCUGGGACAUUUUUGCAAGGAGAGAAGACCAUUGUUUCUUUCUACCAAUCGGCUGUUUAGUAAAAAGAUGUUAAGUUACCCUAAGAGAACAAAGUUGGAAUCGGACGAGAGAGAAGAUGUCUUAUCUCCUCUGAAGAAAGCGGGAUGGACAAUGGUGGAAGGGCGUGAUGCAAUUUACAAAGAAUUCCUGUUCAAAGAUUUCAAUGAGGCCUUUGGAUUUAUGACAAGAGUAGCAAUACAGGCAGACAAGAUGGAUCAUCACCCAGAGUGGUUCAAUGUUUAUAAUAAGGUACAAAUAACACUCAGUACUCAUGACUAUGGAGGCCUGUCCCACAGGGAUGUAACAUUAGCUAACUUUAUAGAGAAGUGUGCAAAGUGAACAGCACUCCACAGAUGUCUAUCAUAAUAUAGAAUCUCAAAAGCAUUCCAGAUAUGUGGUGUUAAUGAACAAAAUGUGUUGUACUGUCUGAUGUGUUUACUUUCUUGUUGAUGGUAGAGGGUAGAGACAUAUAUAUUGAUGGAAGUGUCUGUUCUGUUGAUGUUAGUCUAUUCAUGUACAAAGUGCCAGGUGUACAAACCUUAAUUUACAUUGGAUGAAAGUACAGUAUUAACUUUGAUAAAGACAGAUUUAAAAUUCAGCAUCUCGUCACAGUGAAUAUUUAAUACUAAAGCAUACUUUGAAUAGCUGAUGUAUAAUUUUAUAACCAGUUUUGUGAAGAAUUAAACUGAAUAUGAAUUUA